AUGUCUCCCCUCGACGAGUCGGCUGUUGAGUCGCCAUUCUCGACACCUGCGUCCUCUAGGCGGCCGAGCUUGGCCAUGCCCCGCCCCACCUACUCAGCCAGUGGUAGCCGGCGUUCGUCCCAUGCGUCUGGCCCACGUCCCAUAACAAAGGCCGAGUACUCGGGUCCACCCACGCCAUCGCUCCUCUCACGCGCGGGUUCGCCGACACAGCCGCUCGCGAACGAGCAGGUAGCCAGUCGGAAGAAUAGCUUUGCCGAGACCGGGGCGCACCCUAUUCUCGGCAAGCUUGGUGGCCUGGCCGGUUUCAGCGCCAUCGAGAACAGGGAAUUGCGGACCGGCGAGUUUAUCGCGUCUCUUGACUGUGGCACUACCUCGACCCGCUUCAUUGUGUUCGACGAGCACGCCAAGAUCAUCACCGAGCACCAGACCGAGUUUGAGCAGAUCCUCCCCCACGCCGGAUGGCACGAACACAACCCCGAGGCCCUCGUCGACGCAAUGCGCGAAUGCAUGAGCCGCGCAAUGUACAAGCUCGAAUUCAUGGGGUGGCACAGGGACAGCGUACGCGGUAUUGGGAUCACGAACCAGCGCGAGACGACGUUGUGUUGGAGUCGCAAGACCGGCCAGCCACUGUGUAACGCGAUCGUGUGGGACGACACGCGCACGGUUGCGGUGGUGCAGCAGUUCGAGGACAAACUCGACGCCGAGGGUUUCGAUAUUGAUGGCACCCGUGUGAAGGGAAAGGACGCGCUUGUCAGUCUGACGGGCCUUCCGCUCUCGACAUAUUUCUCGGCGAUCAAGCUCCGUUGGAUGAUCGAUCACCACAAGGCUGUGCGCGAGGCUGACGAGGCUGGCAACCUUUUGUUUGGAACUGUCGAUUCAUGGCUCGUCUACAACCUGACUGGAGGAGCGGAGGGUGGACUGCAUAUCAUCGACGUGACGAACGCGUCUCGCACAUUGCUUAUCAGCCUCAAGAGCCUGCAGUGGCAUAAGGGCCUGCUUGACUUUUUUGGGAUUAACGAAAACGUGCUCCCUAAGAUCGUGUCUAGUGCCGAGGUGUAUGGCAAGGUCGCGGCGAGUAUGGGCAUCGAGGCUCUCAUUGGUGUGCCGAUUGCUGGUAUUGUUGGCGACCAACAGGCUGCGCUUGUCGGUAACAAGUGCCUGCGGCGCGGCGACGCCAAGAAUACAUACGGAACGGGCGCGUUCAUGCUGUUCAACACGGGCGACGAGAUUGUUAAAUCGGACAACGGGCUGCUCACGACGGUUGCAUACCAGCCUGGUCCGAAUGCCGCACCCGUCUACGCGCUCGAGGGUUCGAUUGCGGUAGCCGGCUCAGCGAUCAAGUGGCUACGCGACCAGGUCAACCUGAUCGAAGAGUCGCGCGAGAUGGACAUGCUAGCCGGCUCUGUCGAGGACACGGGCGGCGUCUACUUCGUGACGGCCUUUGCAGGCCUCCUCGCACCCUACUGGGACCGGAGUGCUACGGGCACGAUCAUCGGUCUAACCUCGUACUCGACGUCGGCUCACAUCGCCCGCGCAACCCUCGAGGCGGUAUGCUACCAAUCUCGCGCAGUUCUCGACGUGAUCGAGCGCGAGGCCGGUGUCAAACUCGACACGCUCAAGGUCGAUGGCGGGGUCACGAAUUCCAACCUGGCGAUGCAACUCCAAGCCGACAUUGGGGGGUUCAAAGUCCUGCGGCCAUCUAUGCGCGAAUCGACAGCCCUCGGAUCGGCUUUGUUGGCCGCGCACGCGUUGGGGUUGUUCGGUUGGGACAUCAACAACCCCGAGACAUUGAAGGACGUUAAUACGGCCGAUAGCCAGCUCUUCAGUCCCAAAAUCACGGAGGCUAAACGACGCAAGAUGAGGCGUGGAUGGGAGAGGGCCGUCACACGGGCGAGAGGAUGGCAUGCGGCUGAUGAGGAGCUCGCGGAGAGGGAGCGCGAGAUAGAGAGCAAUGAGGGACUUGAGGAACUGGGGGAUGAAAGUACGCUCGAUAGAGAGGAGGAUGUGGCGCUCCGCAAGGCUGUGGAGGGAGUCAAGUGGGAUAAGGAGUAG